AUGGCUCUUGACAAACAGCUGCUUCAUCUCCACAUUGGCGAUGGGCAACCGGCGCCUAUCAAUGUCUCCUCGAUCGCCACCCCGCCAGACGAAGAGCAGCUGGAUAUGCAGACCAACAGGAAGGAUGCCUCAUGCGGUAACGAAUUGGACAGUAUGCAGGACCACCAGUUGUCCAUGAAUCGAAUUUUUCGGCACACCCCUGUCCCAACCAUCGUCCUCGACUCAUCUCUGCGCGUAAUUGAGGUCUCCGAUAGCCAUCUUACCUUCUCCCAGCGCUCGAGAGAUUUUAUGCUUGGAGCGUCCAUCUACGAACUUCCUCUCUCCUCCAUUCCUGCGCCCGACAUUGCGACCUUGAACGGUGCCCUGCGCGUGGCCAUCACCUCUCGCGCGGUGCAAGUUAUUGACACCAUCCAUAUGCCCCGAAUCAGCUCCUACUUCUCCCUCCGAAUAACACCCAUCUUCGACGGGGCAUCACUGUUGAAUCUGGUCCUGGAGGCCCAUAACGUCACCAGAACCCAUACCGAAUCGUUGCACAAUGCCUACAUAAACGAGACUUACAAGAUCCUGGUCGACACGGUUCGAGACUAUGCCAUUUUCAUGCUGGACGCUCGCGGCAACAUCGCAACCUGGAAUUCUGGCGCGGAGAUCAUCAAGGGUUACAAAGCUCAUGAUAUCAUCGGUCGGCAUUUUUCCGUCUUCUACAGUUCCGAAGAUCGCCUGGCGGAUAAACCAGGCAAGGAGCUUGAGGUGUGUCUCCGGGAUGGCAGAGUCGAAGACGAAGGCUGGCGCUACCGGAAAGACGGGUCGCGGUUCUGGGCGAACGUCAUGAUCACCUCCAUCUUUCAAUUUGGAAGACAUGUGGGUUUCGUCAAGGUCACGCGCGACUUGACUGAGCGCAAAGCGGCUGAAGCACGCAUGGUCGCAGCUUUCGAGGAGUCGUCUAAGAUGAAGAGCGACUUCCUGGCCAACAUGAGCCACGAGAUCCGGACGCCCAUGAAUGGAAUGCACCUGGCUUUGACGAUGCUGACGGGGACAGAGUUGAAUGAUCCGCAGCGCGAAUAUGCUUCGAUCAUCGAGGAUUCCAUGUCUAUUCUGCUGCAAGUGAUCAAUGAUGUUCUUGACUACUCCAAAUUAUCCUCUGGAUCCUUCUCUUUGAACACGGAUGUAUUGAGCGUUGAGAACAUCUCGGCAGCGGUGAUGCGAAACUGCAAAGCUCUGAAUCCAGCCGUGAAGAUCAUCUCUUCCAUGCCUCCCAAUUUUCCCAAGAUGCUCCGAGGGGAUCCUCUGCGUUAUCGACAGGUAAUCCAGAAUCUGGUCGGAAAUGCGAUGAAAUUCACCGAACAAGGCACCGUCAAUGUCAAUCAUUCCUUUGCUGUGGACGAUGCACAUUCCAACCUCUAUACCGUCACCACCGAAGUUGUGGACACCGGCAUUGGAGUCCCUGAGGAAGCGAUCAACACUCUUUUUACUCCGUUCACACGAUUCGCCGACUCAGCCACCAAACGCUACCAGGGUACGGGGCUUGGCUUGUCGAUCUGCAAGAGCCUGGCCGAGCUGAUGGAUGGAACCGUUGGGUAUAAACCCAAUCCGAACGGGAAAGGGAGCGUCUUCUGGCUGACGGCCAAAAUGUGCGGCGUGGAUGUGCCACCAGCGGGCAAAACCUACGUGCCCACCACCGCGGACGAUACCUAUGAGCCCAUGGAUGAAGUCAAACAAAUUGCUCCCCACCUGCACGUCCUACUGGUAGAAGACAACAUGGUUAAUCAGAUUGUCAUGUUGAAGCUUCUCAAAAGUCUCGGUUUCGAACGUGUGGAUACAGCCUGGGAUGGAGCAGAGGCGGUCCGACUCGUCAAGCAAACCCCGUUCUCAUACAAUGCCAUUCUCAUGGACAUCAACAUGCCGGUCAUGAAUGGUCUUGAGGCGACAGCAUGCAUCCGCGAUAUGAAUCUCGAUGUACCGAUCAUCGCGCUGACCGGGAACGCGCUCAAGGGAGACGCAGAGACGUACCUCGCCAAGGGGAUGACCGAUUACAUUGCCAAACCGGUUCAUCGCAAGCACCUGGUACAACUGUUGUGGAAGUGGCUCGGUUCGUGA